AUGUCUACGCCAAUUCCCAGUCCACCUGCCAUCCCCUUCUUGGGCCACAUUCACACCAUCGACAAGCAGCUCCCCAUCGCCUCCAUCCGUCUUCUCGCUCAGAAGUAUGGGGAGAUCUUCCAGCUGAACGUUCUCGGUGAUACGCGCUUUUACAUCUCCACGUACGCUCUCUUGAACGAAGUCUGCGACGACAAGCGCUUUGAGAAGAAGAUAAACGCCAAUCUGCUUCAAGCGCGUGGUGCGGUCUCAGACGGACUCUUCACCGCGCAACCGGGAGAAGAGAACUGGGGCAUUGCUCAUCGGCUCCUUAUGCCGUGCUUUAGCCCGACGGGCAUCCUCGAUAUGUAUGACGGUAUGAUGGAUGUCGUCUCUCAGUUGACUAUGAAGUGGGAACGGUUCGGUCCACAAGAUUGCAUCGACCCAGCGGCAGACUUUACGCGUCUUACAUUGGACGCCAUCUGCUUGUGUGCUAUGUCCUACCGGUGGGCUUUUCAACGUAUGUGUAAGGAAGAGCCGCAUCCUUUUGCAAGUGCGAUGUCGGAUUUCCUUGUUGAAAGCGGGCUUCGGGCCAAUCGUCUCAGCAUCGUACAAGCUAUGAUGCCCAGCACGAACGCCAAGUACGAAGAAGAUAGGAACACCAUGACCAAGCUCGCCCAAGAUAUUUUGGAUGAUCACCGCGCCCACCCGCCCAAGCAGCCGGAUCUAAUCUCGCGCAUGGUAUCGGGAAUAGACAAGGAAGCUGGUCGCGGUCUUCCGGAUAGUAGCAUCAUGGCCAACCUGCUGACCUUCCUCGUUGCGGGCCACGAGACGACAUCCGGUAUGCUUACGUUCGCGACGUACUAUCUCCUCAAGAAUCCGGAGGCUAUGCGUAAGCUUCGCGAGGAGAUUGACACCAUGGUUGGUGACCGCCCCCCGUCGAAGAAGGAUGUAAAUAAGCUGCCUUACCUACUCGCUGUCAUGCGCGAGAGUUUGCGACUCGGUCCCCCAGCAUCACUGCGUACCACAUCGCCUAAAGAAGAAACUAUCCUUGGGGGCAAGUACACGCUCGGGAAAGGCGCUACCAUCAACUGCAACAUCUACGCCAUCCAUCGUGACCCUGCGGUGUGGGGUGAUGAUGCCGAACUUUUCCGCCCCGAGCGUAUGCUCGAUGGCAAGUUCGAGGCUCUCCCUCCGAACGCUUGGCAGCCGUUCGGCUUUGGCAUGCGUGCCUGCAUCGGCCGCGCAUUCUCCUGGCAGGAGGUCCAGCUGACAAUGAUAUCCAUCUUCCAACGCUUCGACCUCGUCAUGCGCGACCCUACAUACGAGCUCGAGCUGAAGCAGACGCUCACCAUCAAGCCUCACAACUUCUUCAUCCACGCCAUUCCCCGCAAGGACCGCCCGCGCCUGCUCCAUAUCCCCAGCGGCCCCACGGCCCAGGCCACACGCGGUGAAGAGAAGCGAUCCGCGGCCUUUGCGACCGCUUCGAAGGAUAUGAAGCCGCUGUACGUGCUGUAUGGCUCGAACACAGGCACUUCGGAGUCGUUCGCACAGCGCCUUGUUUCCGCGGCGCCGUCUCACGGGUUCCGUGCCACGAUGGAGACGCUGGACAAGGUCACCGAAUAUCUUCCCACCAACGGUCCUGUUCUCAUCGUUACCGCGUCCUACGAGGGCCAACCUGCCGACAACGCGAGGCACUUCGUCAACUACCUCGAGAACAUCAAGGCUUCAGACGCGUUCAAGGGCGUCAACUACAGCGUAUUCGGAUGCGGCAAUCGGGAUUGGACGACGACGUACCAACGCAUCCCGAAGCUAAUCGAUGACAUCUUGGGUGGACAUGGUGCCAAUCGACUCGCGCCCCGAGGCGAAGGGGAUGUUUCCGGCGCCGAGUUCUUCGACACGUUUGAUCAGUGGGAGAAUACUGAGUAUGGGACCUCUACCGAGGAGGCAGCGCCAGCACUCAACAUCAAGACUGUCUCCACUGGUACCGCGCGUGCGGAGCGGCUCCGCCAGCGCGACAUGGGGCUGGGCACCGUCGUUGAUACCAAGGUGCUUACAGCGUCUGGUGCUCCGAUCAAGAUGCACAUCGAGUUCAAGUUAUCGGAAGGCGCGACGUACAGAGCCGGCGACUAUCUUGCCAUCCUUCCCAAGAACCCCGACCGGAUUGUUCACAGAGCCAUGGCGCGCUUCGGGCUCCAGGAAGACAUGGAGAUUGAGCUCGAUUCUUCCUCUCCUACCGGCUACGUUGAGCUUCAGCAGCCUGCGAGGACGCGCGACCUCGACAUCCUCCUCCAAGCCAAGAACUCCAAGGCUUCGAAGGCUGCGCUGAAGGACCUUAAGGCCAACUACACCAACAAGGUGUUCGGUCCGCGCCUCAGCGUUCUCGACAUUCUCGAGGACAACAAGGCUAUCGACCUUCCGCUCUCGACCUUCCUCACCAUGCUCCCGGCGAUGCGCAUCCGCCAGUACUCCAUCUCCUCCUCCCCGCUCUGGGACGCCGAGCACGUCACGCUCACCCUCUCCGUCGUCAACGCCCCCGCGCGCUCCGGCCGGAAGGAGAAGUUCCUCGGCGUCGCGUCCACGUUCCUCGCCGGCCUCCGCCCCGGCGACAAGGUCCAGCUCGCCGUCCGCGCGGCCAGCGCCGCCUUCCACCCCCCGCAGGACCUCACCGUGCCGCUCGUGAUGGUCUGCGCCGGCUCUGGGCUCGCGCCGAUGCGCGGCUUCCUGCAGGAGCGCGCGGAGCAGAAGAAGGCCGGGCGCGAGGUCGCGACUAGCUUGCUGUUCUAUGGCUGCCGCGCGCCGGGCGAGGAUUCCUCUACGUGGGAGCAGAUGGGCAUUGUCGAUGUCCGCGUUGCCUUCUCGCGCUGCGACGUCGAGCGGGCCAAGGGGUGCAAGUAUGUCCAAGACCGCAUUGCGCUCGACAAAGAGGACAUUGUGAAGUCGUUCCGGGCAGGCGCCAAGUACUAUGUUUGCGGCAGCUCCAAGAUGGCUGCAGGCGCGAAGCAGGUAUUCAUCCGCUUUGUUCAAGAGACGAAGAACCUCGAUGAAGCCGCCGCUACGGAGCUGUUCACGAAGGGUCUGCAGGAUCGUUACGCGACUGAUGUCUUCGAGUGA